AUGGAGGAGGAUGAAGACUGGGAAAAGAUGUACGCCGAAGACAUGGAGGCUCUUGAGAUGAUGGAAAAAGAGCAAGAUGCCUUGAUCAACAAUGGCAGCAGGCGGAGGCUGUCGUUCGAUCCAACCGACCCUCCAUCGGGGGAGAUUGUAAUUGACUACCAGUUGCCUACGGCGCUCAGGGGAGCGACAGCGACGCGCCUCCCCUCCCCUUCCUCUUUCUCCUCUUCGCUUGCGAGCACCACGAAGCGCAAGUUCGAGGAGACCGAGGAGAAGGAGAUCGCCGAGAGCUACCACAAGAGGGAGAUGCUCGUAAAGGCCAAGCGAAGGAAGGUUGAAGGCGAGAAGACCGCCUCCUCCACUGCCACCGCAGCACCAACCAUCACUGUGACUUCUAACAGGCCCAAGCUGGCCCGCGAGCCGCCGAAGAAGAAGGUGUACAGCAACAGGCCACUCGACACGCCCUGCAUUCCCGUGAACUCCUACGACGGUCGGCGCGUCUAUGUUGCGCUGCACGAGGAGGAAGUGAGUGAGGUCACGGACCCGCUAGCCGAGCGCGAGCAGUUGUUGAGCACCCCGAUCAGCGUUCUGCUCGAGAGAGUCCACCAGCUCGAGUUCGUCGAGGCCAGACAAGCCGCUGGGCUGGACGACGGCCUGGACGACGCUGCAUCCAACACCACCAAGGUAGAGGAGAACGGAGCGGUUGAGUCCCAGCUGUGGGUCGACAAGUAUGCGCCCCGCGUAUUCACGGAGCUGCUCAGCGAUGAGAAAACCAACCGCGAGGUCCUGCACUGGGUCAAGGAGUGGGACGAAUGCGUCUUUGGCAAGAAGAGCGUGGGCAUACGCAAGGCGCCCAGUCCCGCCUUUGCCGGGCGAGGCAGAGGAAGCAGCCGAGGAAGAGGCGGCUACGGGGACCGAGGAGCUGGCGGCCGGUGGGCUGGACAGCGCGGCUGGGGAACGGAAAACAACAGCGCACCGGCCGCGUCAUCGCCUCAACCCACCAAGAAGAGCGAGCCGCAAUUCGACGAGGCGCUGAACAAAGACCGCGACAAUCGGCCUUACGCCAAGGUGAUCCUGCUGACGGGUCCUCCUGGCCUGGGCAAGACCACGCUUGCCCACGUCAUCGCCACGGCCGCAGGCUACAACCCCGUAGAGAUCAACGCCAGUGACGACCGCACGGCCAACCUCUUCAUGUCGAAGGUGCUGAGCGCCACACAGAUGCAGGCCGUGUUCUCGGAAAAGAAGCCCAACUGCCUCAUUCUGGACGAGAUCGACGGCCUCACGGGCGGUGAGAAGGGCGCCAUCAAGGAACUGCUCAAGGUCAUCAACGCCAAAGACAAGAAGAAGGCCAAGGCCGGACAAGCCGAUGACGGAGAGCAGGGCAAAGGGAAGGGGAAGAAGGGGAGGCAGGACGCCGUUGAGUCGUCGCCGAAGCUCAAGAAGGGCUCGUCGGUGCUCGACUUGGGCAAGCUCGGGCGCAAGAAGAAGGCGCCAUCGGCGUCGGACCUCAAGUCCUCGCUCACGCCCUCCGGCAAGCUGCGAAGGCACUCACUCUGGACCACCCCGCCACAGCAUCCGCCCAUCAUUUGUAUCUGCAAUGACCAGUACGCGCCAGCGCUGCGCGAACUUCGCUCAAUUGCCAACGCGCUUCACCAGGAGGGCUUGCGGGCCGACACCCAGACCGUGAUGGCGCUCUGCAACCUCGCCGAUCACGACAUCCGAUCGUGCCUCAACACGCUGCAGUUCAUCAAGCGAAAGGGCAAGGUGCUCACGGCGGACAUGCUGGCCUCGACCGCUGUUGGACACAAAGAUGUGCUCAAGUCGCUCUACGACGUCUGGAGGGAAAUCUUCCAGAAGGCCGCACCAUCCAAGCACAAGGCGCUGCGCGACCUCAUCACGAGGCAGAGCGCAGAAAAGAGCGACUACUACGACACCCUCGGGUAUGACCCCGACGCGCCGACGCGCCGCUACGGCGGCGGCGCCAGCCAGCAUGAGCAGUCGCGCUUCGAUUCGCUGUACGAGACGCUGGCCGACCACGGCGAGAUGGAGCGGAUCAUCGAUGGCUGCUUCGAGAACUACCUCAAGUUCACCAUGAACGACCCCUGUCUGGCCAAGGCACGCGCCACCGACUCCUCAGCAUUUCUCAGCCUCUUUUUCGCACUGUGGCCUCACACCACCACUGCGUGCGGCACGACCGACUGUCUCGACUGGCUGGAGUUCACGGACGAGAUGUCGGUGCUGAUUCAGAAGGAACAACACUUCACAUUCCGCAAAUACUUGCCCGCUGCUCCGAUGGUCAUCAACCGACACUGCAGCGAGAACUCGAACCCGUUCGUGUCCUUCCCGCAGAGCGAUUUCGCGAUGAGACAGAAGCUGGGUACCUUCAAGAAUAUGGUAAACACGUUUAUCGCGAACUCGCAGCCGGAGAUCAGGGGAACGCUCAACAGCGGUACAGUGGUCAUGGAGCUGGUGCCCUACCUGGUCGACAUCAUCGCGCCCAAGAUCCGACAGCUCAACUCGGCCCUCUUCAGCGAAGAGGAGAAGAUGCACGUGCAGAACGCCGUGGGCAUCAUGUCCUCGUUUAAGCUCACCUACAAGCCCAGCGCGGACUACCAGCCCACCGCAGCGAAAGAUCCCAAAGGCCGCACCAACCGCCUCCGUUUGGAGCCGCCAUUGGACGAGCUUGUGCGCUUCGAGGGGCUGGACUACGAUGGGCGCCACAGAGCGCUGGGCGAUGCCCAAAAAGAGAUGAUCGCCGCCGAGAUCAAGGUGGAGGAAAUCAAGAAAUCGGAGCGCGUGGCGAUGAAGAAGCUCAAGGACGGCCCCGCGCACGCAUUUGCGACGCCCGAGAAGAAGCCCGUCGUGGACGAGGCCAAGCGGCGGCAGAUCCAGGAGCAGCUCAUGAAAAACACCCAGAAGCUUGUGCCUGAGGGUGCGGCGACCGUGCACCGCGACUUCUUCGGGCGGGUGAUUGCCAGCCCGCAAAAGGAGCCGGCCAGGAGUCCCGUCAAGAGCCCCCGCAAAGGGGAAGUAGCAACCCCGACCAAGGUGGAGGAAUCGUCGGCACCGCCGCCCGCCGAGGUCUUCUACAAGUUCCACGAGGGCUUCACCAACGCCGUGCGGCGGCCGGUCUACACCAAGGACUUCCUGUAA